AUGGUCAAGAUAGACACGGUCCGCGCUCUGAACGCCGCUCUUGUUCGGAAGCAACCUUUGGUUGCAGUCUUUUUCGGUGGUACCGGAGGCAUUGGACAUUAUACUCUACGCGCGUUGGCCACAGCCGAGGCCAAUGGCGGCAAAGGGUUUCGUGCGUAUAUUGUGGGGAGGAAUGCAAAGGCAGCCGAAGAGAUCAUUGCCGAGUGUCGUGGCAUCAAUGCCACGGGCCAAUUCAAGUAUAUCAAGGCUGAAGACCUCUCCUUGAUCCAUGAGGUCGAUCGAAUCUGCGCGGAUAUCAUUCAGAUGGAGGAAAAGGAGGGCCAGGACGCGAGAAUUGACUAUUUGAUGGUGUCCCAAGGAGGGUCCAUCUUCCUUCCACGCAAGGACACGAAGGAGGGAAUUGAUUUCACAAUGGCCUUGAUGUACUACUCACGCAUGAGAGCGAUCCUGAAGCUGCUUCCUUUGCUGCUCAAGUCGACGCUUCCUGCGAGAGUGAUCUCCGUUUAUGCGGCCGGGAUUGAAGCAAAGUUGUAUCCGGAUGACUUAUCGCUUCGUGAUCUCAGUCACUAUAGUUACUCGCAAGCCAGAUCACAUAUGGUAUAUAUGCACACCUUGUUCAUGGAGACUCUGGAAGAACAGUAUCGUGGCAAGCUGGUCCUGGUCCAUAUUUUCCCUGGUCUUGUGCCGGGACCCGGCUUUUCAAAUCCUGAACUGCCUAAAUGGUUCAGAGUGGUGUGGCGUUGGGUUUUCAUCCCCAUUUUUGGUCGAUUGGCUACCGUUCCUCCCAAUGAUUGUGGUGCUAGGAUGCUGUCUCUUGCCUCUCCACGCUACCCACCACGGGCCAUUGACGGAGGAGCCAAGAGCGAGGGCGAAGUUGCGACGGGAACCGAUGGUACACCUGGUAGUGGCGUUUAUUCACUCUUCUGGGACGGAGAGAGCAACCGCAACCAAAAGGCCUAUGCAAAGAUCAACAAGGAUGAGAUGAAGAAGAAGGUCUGGGAACAUACCAUGAAGGCCUUCGAAGUCAUUGAAGCUGGAGGGGUCUUCACCGAGUGA